GAGGUGGGAAUAAUGCAUUUGACCAUGAAGCACUCACACUUAAGUAUAAGCUGGACAAUGAGUUCGAGUUGGUGUUUGUGGUGGCAUAUCAAAAGAUUUUACAGCUUUCAUAUGUGGACAAGUUCCUGAAUGAUAUACAGAUGGAGUUCCGUGACAAAUAUAAAGAUGACCUGACACAAGGGAAUCUGUCGAGAAAUUUCAACUUUACGGAAGACUUUAAAACAUUGUUGAAGAUAGCCGAAGACAAUGUGAGGAAGGAAGCUCAAAAGCCGAAGGUGAUGAAAAGUUUUGAAGAAUCCCAGAAAUCAAAAAAGACUGUAGCAUCUAUGAUAGAGAACAAGAAGGAAACGCCAAAGUCUGUCAAGGAGCAGAAGAAAAAGGCUGCUGAGGCUGUGAAAGCUAAGGCAGCUGAACCAACCACUGUGAGUAAUGGUACAUUGGAUGAAGAGACUAUUAGGAAGAACAUCGAGAAGAAGUUUGGCCUCAACAAGAAGCCCAAGGCAGAGAAGGCCAAAACAGAGAGCCCUGAUGCCAACAAAAAGAAAGGAAAACAAGCACGGAAGUGGGACAAGGGUGGGACAACCAAAGAGAUGCGUGAGCUUGACUUUAGCGCAGCCAAUGGUGACGGUGAUAAAGAUAAAGACAGGGACCUGGAUGAGACUUUGCCCACAGAGGAAGAUCUGGCCAUGCUUGGUUCAAUGAGUGGUAACCUAGGUGACCUGGAGGAGGAGUCCAGUGACGAGGAGGAGUCUGAGGAAGAGGAGGAGGAGGAUACCCCUGUCCAACAGAAGAGUGCAGGGAAAUCCAAAGGUUUUGGCAUGUUCAAUGUGUUCAAGGGUUUGGUGGGCUCCAAGACUCUGACCAGAGAUGAUAUACAAGAUGUCCUGAAUAAGAUGAGAGAUCAUCUGAUUUCCAAGAAUGUUGCUGCUGACAUUGCUGCCAAGCUGUGUGAUUCUGUGGCCACUAAAUUGGAAGGGAAAGUCUUGGGAACAUUCAACACUGUGGCAUCCACUGUGAGAAACACCCUCCAAGAAGCCUGCGUGCAGUUGCUGUCACCCAAGCGCAGAAUUGACAUCUUGCGUGACGCCAUGGAGGCCAAGCAACAGAACCGUCCCUACACCAUAGUGUUCUGUGGGGUGAACGGGGUUGGGAAGAGCACCAAUCUCGCUAAGGUUAGUUUCUGGCUGGUGGAAAAUGGCUUCCGGGUGUUGAUUGCUGCGUGUGACACGUUCCGUGCAGGCGCAGUAGAACAGCUGCGUACCCAUACGCGCAAACUGAAUGCUCUCCACCCUCCCACCAAACACAAUGGCAUGCAGAUGGUCCAGUUAUAUGAGCAGGGGUAUGGGAAGGAUGCUGCAGGGAUUGCCAUGCAGGCUGUGAACUAUGCUCGUGACUACAAGUUAGAUGUUACUCUUAUUGACACGGCAGGUAGAAUGCAAGACAAUGAACCACUGAUGAGAGCUUUGGCCAAGCUCAUCAAAGUAAACCAGCCAGACCUAGUCCUGUUUGUUGGCGAGGCCCUGGUAGGCAACGAGGCAGUUGACCAGCUGACCAAGUUUAACCAGGCCUUGGCUGACCAUUCCCAGAUGGAGAAUCCUCGCCUCAUCGAUGGUAUUGUGCUGACCAAGUUUGACACCAUUGAUGAUAAGGUUGGUGCUGCUGUCUCCAUGACCUACAUCACUGGUCAGCCCAUAGUGUUUGUGGGCACUGGGCAGACAUACACUGACCUCAAGAACCUCAAUGCCAAGGCUGUGGUCAGUGCCCUUCUGAAGUGAUUUGUUUAUUAAUUAUCCACCUGCUGGACGAGAACAGAGAGUUGUGAAAUGUUGUCCAUACAAACUAAAGGAUUCUGUUGUUGUUGUUUUGAAAACAAAGCAUUUUAGGACAGAAGUUAUCUGAGAAUGUUGUUUGAUUAUCUAUAUCAGAUGCUUUUUUUUAAUGAGAGAUUUGUUACAUGAUGAAAAGGUUAGAAGUUGUUGUAUUUUCAUUGCAAAACUAGAUACGGGUGAAGAGCAUUGUUGUGUUGUUUUGUUCUAAACUAAACUGAGAAAUUUGUGAAUAAGUAUUAUGAAAACAGUAUUGGGUGAGAUAUUAAAUGAUUUAAUGUUUGAUUGAAUACUGUACAGUUUAGGGAUUUGGCAUUCAAACUGUGCCGUAGAGGCAAAGAGUUUCACUUGUUCAGCAGAAGGCUCUCCAGUGACAGAGAGAAAAAUUUUUGAGCUGCUUUUUAGAGGCAGCAAAAGUGUAUUCUUUUGCAUGUCUAUAAGGUGAAAAGUUUUGGUUUUCUGUCAGAAACACUUCUUGUUCUUUAUGGAUUUAUUUACUUUCUUGUGAUAUAAAGAGGUCAUAAAAUGUAGGUCAUAAAAGAGGUCCACCUCAACUCCUGGUCACAUUGAUUUAUUACUGGGUGAUUGUGGCUUUUAAUUCAUUUGGAAUUUAAUCUUUACCACAUUGUCAUAGAUCUAUAUCAGUAAUUGGUGAGCUUGGUGUUCUCUUUGCUGGUCAUAACAGUAGUGCAGGUCAGGAUUUUUUGUCUGUACCUUUUGAGAAUAAUUGGCUUAGGAUUUAAGUCAAAUAUUAUAUAUCUAUCAUAAGUGGCAGGUUUUAAUUCAUUUUCUGCCCUUUUUCUUUGCUGUAAAGGUAAAAUGUUUAAGUGCAAUUAUUUAAAUUUUAUAAAAGCUGACCCUUGAUUUUGUGAGAUGAGUGUAAAUGUGAUAAAGGUAAGAUUGGGUUGAUGAUAUGCAAGGUAAAUAACAGCAGCUGAAACAUUUACAGCUGAUAUUGGAUUUCUAUUUCUGAAUUGCAAACCUUCUUCCAGUUUGGCAGUAUGGUCAAAGUUGGUUGACGUGUGUAAAACAGAUGUGCAAAAUUUCCAAAAUAGCAUACAGAAUAUUCUGUCAUCCAAAAGUUUUCUCAAUAUUUUAAUGAAUGUUACUUAUAGUGACUGUUGGUGGAUCCAUGUUAGAUAUGAAUAGGAUUUCUGCUUGAUGCAUGUUUGUACU